CUGAGCCCCAUCUAUCAUCUUCGUCUUCGUUGCAGAGAUCAGAGAAAUGAGCGAGCUGCCAAGAGAAGAAACAACUUUACCCACAAACAGCAUGAAGGUGCAAGGCAAGGUAGCCAUCAUCACCGGCGGCGCCAGCGGCAUCGGCGAGGCCACUGCCCAUCUCUUCGCUCUACACGGCGCCCGCGCCGUCGUCAUCGCAGACGUGCAAGACGAGAAAGGCCUAAAAGUCGCCGAAGCCAUCGGCAAAGACGUUGGCGCCUUCUUCCACUGUGACGUCGCCGACGACGACCAAGUCCGAGCCGCGGUGGAUUGGACGGCCGGAACCUACGGCCAACUCGACGUCAUGUUCUGCAACGCCGGGGUCCUGAAUAGAUCAGACCAGACCGUGCUCGACCUGGACUUGUCCCAGCUCGACCGCCUGUUCGCCAUCAACGUGCGAGGGGUUGCAGCCGGCGUGAAGCACGCGGCUCGGGCGAUGGUGGAGCGGCGCGUGGAGCGGCGCGUGAGGGGGAGCAUCGUGUGCACGGCGAGCAUACUGGCGAGCAUGGGGGCAAGGAAAUGGACGGACUACGUGAUGGCGAAGCACGCGGUGGUGGGGCUGGUGCGGGAGGCGAGCCGGCAGCUGGGGGAGCACGGGAUAAGGGUGAACUGCGUGUCGCCGUACGCGGUGGCGACGCCGAUGACGUGUAGUCAAUUUGAGAUGGACGCAGCCCAAUUAGAGCAGGAUUUCGGGCAGUUUGCCCCGCUUAAAGGGGUUGUGUUGAAGGCGGAGCACGUGGCUGAGGCAGUGCUGUUCUUGGCGUCAGACGAGUCGGCCUUCGUCUCCGGCCGCGAUCUGGUCGUCGACGGCGCGUUCUUGUGCGGCGAUCAUGUUAAUGAGAUCUAGUUUAGAGCAAGAUAAUUAAGGAUGGGAUAAUUAAUUACGAAGUGUGGAAAUAAGAUUGAGAAAAGAAAGUCCCAUAAGGCUGCUUUUGAUUGAUAGCCAACUUUUGUCACGGAAUUGGCAAUCUUUUCACCCUAUUUUCAACUUGUACGUUAUUGUUUGACAGCUA